CCUCCUUAUGUAAGAAAGGAAAUCCUGACUUAAGCACACAGUCACAGAGCAAGUUAAUAUUCCUGUCUUAGAGUUGAACUUCCUAAAGGACGGAUAAAGUGUUCAUCCUUCAAGAUUUAUUUUUCUUGAAUAUUUCCAACAAAACACAACUGGACUCAGAAAUUGAGGAGAGAAAGGGGGUCAGAGGGCAAGAAAGAAAAAGGAAGAAUGAGUUCAUCCAAAUCAUCUGCAUCAUCAUGCACAGGUAAAUUUUGCAACUUUCCCUUUUCCUCCAUAGAUCCAUUUCUGAGGGAAGUGAUAAACAACAGAAGAGACAGAAGUAUGCAGAAAAGUAAGAAAAGAAAGAAAGAGAGACAGGAAGGACAGAGAGAGGGAGAGAGAGAAGAAAGGUUAGAAGAGUUUAUGUUGCACUCAAAAACUUCCUGGACUCGAGAUCAGAAGUGCUAAGUACCAGAUUGCUAAUCCUACUCUUUCUGUAAGUCAUUGUGUCACCUUGAGCGAGUCACUUUACUUCUCUGGAACUCAUUUGCCUUAUUUGUAAAAUGCAUGUUGACAGGAGGAGAGCAACUGUUAGAUGAUUGUUAAUGUUUUAACUGGCUCAUUUACAAAGGAAUGGGAAAAUGAAAUUCUGAACAGAGGAGAGCAGGAGAAAGACAAGAAAAGCAGAGAAGUGGAGAGAAAAAGAGAAAGAAGGGGGAAAAAUAAAAGUAUUUUUUAACUGGGGGACUUGGAAAGGAAAAAUUGUGGAUUGCUCUGAGUUCAUGAAUGAGAGCCUUAAAAUUAGUAAUGGAUUACUCCAUCGGUUCUAAAAUUAUGGUCCCCACAUCAGCAGCAUCAGCUUUCCCUGGGAACUUGUUGGUUCCACCUCUGCCCUACUGAAUUGUUAACUCUGGAGAUGGAACUCAGCAAUCUGUGCUUUGACAAGCCCUCCAAGCAAUUCUGAUGCACAUUGAAGUUUGAGAAUUAUCUGAUACAGACAGUGUGAAUGGAGGGAAACAAGUAAGGAUUAAUAAGAAUCUCUUUAUGUCUUUUGUAUCUUGCUUUUGGAAGAUUGCCCAUGUUUGUGUCUUUCUUUCUGCAGAGGAAGGAUUCUUCUCUUCCCAAGUGUUUGUAUGGACUGCUGCUGGGGUCUCCAUCCUACUUCUCAGUGCCUGUUUUGUUACCAGAUGUGUUGUGACAUAUCACACCUUUCAACUCUGUGAUGAGGAAAAUUUCCAGCCACAUGAGAAUAUCACAGAACUCUCCUGCUACAAUGAUGGCUCAGGUUCCGUCAAGAAUUGUUGUCCAGUGAAUUGGGAACAUUUUCAAUCUAGCUGCUACUUCUUUUCUACUAACACCAUGACCUGGGCAUUAAGUUUAAAAAACUGCUCAGCCAUGGGUGCUCAUCUGGUGGUUAUCAACACACAGGAGGAGCAGGAAUUCCUUUUCUAUACAAAACCUAAAAGAAAAGAAUUCUACAUUGGACUGACAGACCAGGUGGUUGAGGGCCAGUGGAAAUGGGUGGAUGGCACACCUUUCAAAGAGUCUCUGAGCUUCUGGGAUAUAGGUGAGCCCAACAACAUAGUUACAGUAGAGGACUGCGCUACCAUUAGAGACUCUUCAAAUCCAAGGAAAAAUUGGAAUGAUGUACCUUGUUUCUUUAACAUGUUUUGGAUUUGUGAAAUGCCCCAAAGAAAUAUCUUGAAAAAUCUCUAAGAGGAAGCACAACUUGAAUGUGUAAAGGAGGAGAACAAGAGCAAGAACAUAGCUACAACCCCAACGUGAGAAGUGUACACUGCACUUCAUAAGGACUUAAUGUUUGUUACUUUGAUAUAAAUAAAAAUAGGUACUUUUGAAUGUUAUAAA